UACUUACGCGAUCAUUUGUAACCUUUAUGUUAGGUUCACUCAGACAACUUUCUCCAUUCAAACAGAAUGAUUCACGACAGCUUUAAGAAUCGGUUCGUACGAAUCAUUAGUAAGAACCGACUCAAAACACAAAUUCCUCCGCGAAUCGGACAUCACGUUCGUUUGCAUUUAGAAAGUGAUCUCUCCGUGGGCUUUAUAGACACAGCCUCCCUGAGCAGUCAGGUUUGUCAGGUCUGGUUGAUCGGGACAGCGGGACUGAAGCUGUGUCAGUAUCACCUCCCUUCAUCCAUGAAACGGGAAGUCGCGUGAUUAAUGACUUUUGGUUAAAAAAGCCUUCGGAUCGAGCAUACGGUGGAUUUUCAUGUGAUUGAUUUUGAGAUUUGAUCUUUGGCUCACUUUACAUCCUCGAAGGAGCCUCAGAUCGGAGCGUGCUAUGGAUACGACACGGAUAAACGCAGAUGCAUUUUCAUGAAAUACGGACAGUCUGAAGAGAGAUUCACGUUUUCAUCACUGAACCUCUGCGAAAAUCUUAAUUUGCACGUCUUUUGGUAUUUCCAGUAGCGAAUGUGUGAGGAUGCACAAUUGAUGAGCAUAACAGAAGACUGUAGCGCUGUAUUGUGAGAUGCAUUUCCAUAUUUCCAACAGCACCGGGGCGCAACAUGUAUUUCCUGCGUGAAUCCCGCACAGGAUGCACGUGAACACACUGUCUCAGGCCAAGAUGCGCUCUCCGAUCACGAUCGCCUCCGUUUUCUCGAUUUAAGCUGCCGUUCGGGUUUUAUUUCGCUUGUCACGAGAUGUCAUGCUGAUCCGGGGCGAAACAUCUCGCUUCCUUCCUGUGUCCUGAUGUUCUUCAUCCAUGCGAGGGUUCAUCAUGGAAACCCACCGUGAGCGCUGCUGGACACCGAGACUGGACCCGAGACUGGAAACAGAGAGGCUGAUGGAUGUGUAAACAGCUCUUCUUGUCUCCUUCAUGUCGACUUGCUGAGACUUGUCUUUGCAGAUCUCAGAAAAACAAAGGCGUUUAGCUGGGGGCAUUUGUUCGGAAGCACAACCCGAGUGCUCCAGGCGCUGGCGGGGGCCGAUGCCACAAACAUGCGUGUAAGAUCUGAUUCGGUGUCCAAACAUGCCAGGCAUGACAAUCAGCUGACCGCUUCAGAUCUGAUCUCAAGAUUGGACAUUGGUGAACACGUUUCCAGGCAAUGUUUUUCCAGUCUCCAAUGCAUUAAAACCUGCUCGGAGUGUUAGGGUGUAUUCACACCUGGAAAAUGUGCUAGUUCACUUGUGUUGGUCUCGACCAAAUACAACAUUGUUGUUGUUGUUUUUAUUUUUUGGUUUGUUUGGUGCAGUUCGCUUUCACACCACCUUUUUUACAAGUGAACCAGCUGUACACAAAACCACACGUGUGCUAAGCUCAUCCAUUCAUUGGUUCAUCCAGAAUCGAACCAGAGUGCUAUUGCUGUGUUCACAUUUACCCAAAAGAGCUGCACCAAGGGGGGAAACGAACUUGAGCAAAGCCUCUAGAAGGCAAGCCUGCAACCUUUAGCCAAAAAAGCAUAAGGGCUGAUGCUAAGGCAGUACGUGGGGAAGGAAACCAGAGGCCGGUUUCUUUUUUUGAUGCAUGUCAAUGUAGAAGAGGCUUCACUACGCUGAACGACAACGCUUUUUAGAGCAAACGACUUAUCAUUUAAUGAACCCACAGCCUCUCUGCUGAUCUUCAACAUGUUUUACACUAAACAAUUAUUUUUGAUUGAACUAUUCUUAGACUUCACCCUGAAAAAAAUGCAGUUUUCUAAGAGAAGUCACUGAGUUUUUGCGACAGGUGGGAUUCACAGCUCUUCUCAUUCAUUCCUAUGGGAUCUGUAAACUCUUGACUGACAUUCAGUGACGUCAAGGCUGUAACGUGAUACAAGUUAGCCAUUACGCUUUCUCCAAUAGCAAGUAAUACAGACCCUCUCAUCUCCCUUUAAUAAGACUGGAGUUUGAUUCAGUCCAACCAAACAAGACCGGUGUGAAUACAACCGUAGUUUUUAUAGCAUCUUUUACUAUCCAGCUCUCCAGAAUGCACCGGAACCGGGCCUUUUCGGAGCCCGAGUAUUCUGCGGAGUAUUCGGCGGACUGUUCGGUCACCCUGCCCUCGGACCCCGGGCAGGCGGUGGGACGCACCCAUGAGGUGACCGUGCGCAGCUCUGGCUGCUGUCUGUGUCUGCCGCGGUUCAUGCGUCUGACCUUCGCGCCGGACUCUCUGGAGAACCUGUACCAGACCUACUUCCGGCGGCAGCGGCACGAGACCCUGCUGGUGCUGGUGGUGUUCGCGGCCCUCUUCGACUGCUACAUCAUCGUGAUGUGUGCUGUGCUGUACACCGGUGAUAAGCUGGCGUCUGUGGCCGUGGCGUCUGUGGGGCUGGCGGUGGACGUCCUGCUGUACCUGCUGUGCCGGUUCGGUCUGCUCCCGGACCGUGUGACCCGCCGCCUGGUGCCCUACGCCUUGUGGGUGCUCAUAGCGGCUCAGAACUUCUGUUACCUAGGACUGAACUUCGCCCGCUUCCAUCAGCCCAGCGACACGGUGGGCUGGCAGGCGUUUUUUAGCUUUUCCUCCUUUCUGACGCUGCCGCUGCGGCUGACCCCUAUAGUGCUGAUCACGGCCGUGUCCUGCGGCGUGCACACCCUCGUCCUGGGCGUCACCAUCGCCCAGCAGCAGCAGGAGGACAUCCAGGGGGCGGCUCUGGGAAGACAGUUGCUGGCCAACAUUGUGAUCUACUUCUGUGCCAUCACUGUGGGCGUCAUGUCGUAUUACAUGGCCGACCGCAAACACCGCAAGGCCUUUCUGGAGGCUCGGCAGUCGCUGGAGGUGAAGCUCAACCUGGAGGAGCAAAGCCAGCAGCAGGAGCGUCUCCUGCUGUCCAUCUUACCCAAGCACAUCGCAGACGAGAUGCUUCAGGACAUGAAGAAAGAAGCCAGCCAGAAAGAGAUGCAGCAGUUCAACACCAUGUACAUGUAUCGGCAUGAGAACGUCAGUAUUCUGUUCGCAGACAUCGUGGGCUUCACUCAGCUGUCCUCGUCCUGUAGCGCGCAUGAGCUGGUGAAGCUGCUCAACGAAUUGUUUGCCCGCUUCGACAAGCUAGCAGCUAAAUACCACCAGUUGAGGAUCAAGAUCCUGGGCGACUGCUAUUACUGUAUUUGUGGCCUUCCAGAUUACCGCGAUGACCAUGCGGCCUGCUCCAUCAUGAUGGGUUUGGCCAUGGUUGAGGCCAUUUCAUACGUUCGAGAGAAGACGCAGACAGAUGUGGACAUGCGUGUCGGAGUGCAUUCUGGGACGGUUUUGGGCGGUGUACUCGGACAGAAGCGCUGGCAGUAUGACGUGUGGUCGACUGACGUGACAGUGGCCAACAAGAUGGAGGCAGGAGGAAUACCAGGGCGAGUGCACAUCUCCCAGAAUACCCUGGAGUGUCUGCAUGGAGAGUUUGAUGUGGAGCCGGGGAACGGAGGAGACCGCUGCGAGUACCUGAAGGAAAGGGGCAUUGAGACGUAUUUGGUGGUGGUGUCCAAGGGACCCGUGGGUAAAAACGGCAUCAACGGGGUAAAGCUGUCGGUGACGUCGUCUAAUGGGAAUUCUCCGUUGCUGAUCAACACGACGGAGUGCAAUGGGAGCGUCCACACGGCCUGCACCACACCGGAGGAGCCGGAGGAGCUGGACACACGGGUGGUGAACCCCUCUUUUCCAAACCCUCGGCGGCGUUUGCGUCUGCGUGAUCUGGCUGAGAGAGUCAUCGACGCUCAGGAGAACGAACAGGAGCUCAACAAACUCCUCAAUGAAGCUCUGCUGGAGAGAGAGACCGUACAGGCGCUGAAAGGGAAGCACACUAAUCGUCUGUCCCUGCGCUUUACUGAUCCGGAGCUGGAGACGCGCUUCUCGGUGGAGAAGGAGAAGCAAAGCGGAGCGGCGUUCAGCUGCUCGUGUGUGGUGCUGCUCUUCACCGCCGUCAUGGAGGCUCUCAUUGACCCCAGGUUGGUUGCAAACUAUGUGACUCUGGCCGUAGGUGAAGUCUUGCUUCUCAUUCUCACUAUCUGUUCGCUGGCUGCCAUCUUCCCUCGGGUAUUUCCAAAGAGAUUGGUGUCGUUCUCCACUUGGAUUGAUCACACGCGCUGGGCUCGCAACACUUGGGCCAUGGCGGCCAUCUUUAUAGUCACAACGGCCGACAUAGUAGAUAUGUUGAGCUGUCGUGCCCCAGAGUCCUCCGCGGGUGAAGCGACUACGGUCACUCCGGUCACUGCGGCCGCCAGCAGCUGCUCAGAGAAUCCUAAAUACUACAGCUACAUCGCAGUACUGGCUCUCAUCGCCACCACCAUGCUGGUGCAGGUCAGCCACAUGGUCAAGCUCACCCUCAUGCUGCUGAUCAGCGGAGCUACAGCUGUGGUCAACAUCUACAGCUGGAGGGACAUCUUUGACCAGUACGACCUGACGCGCUUUAAAGAGUACAGAGUUCAUCUUGUGCCCUCCAAAUACGCCAUGAGUGUGAUGAUCUUCCUCAUGAUGGUCAGCUUCUACUACUUCUCCCGACAUGUGGAGAAGCUGGCACGCACGCUGUUCCUGUGGAAGAUUGAAGUGCAUGAGCAGAAGGAGAAGGUGUACGAGAUGCGGCGCUGGAACGAGGCUCUGGUCACUAAUAUGCUUCCGGAGCACGUCGCCCGACAUUUCCUGGGCUCCAAGAAGAGGGAUGAGGAACUCUACAGCCAGUCCUACGAUGAGAUCGGAGUCAUGUUCGCCUCCAUCCCAAACUUCUCUGAUUUCUAUACGGAGGAAAGCAUCAACAACGGCGGGAUCGAGUGUCUGAGGUUCCUCAAUGAAAUCAUUUCUGAUUUUGAUAGCCUUUUAGACGAGCCGCAGUUUCGCUGUAUAACCAAGAUCAAGACUAUUGGCAGCACCUACAUGGCAGCAUCCGGAGUCACUCCAGACAACAACACCAACGGUUACGCUUGUAUGAAGAAAGAAGAGGUUUCGGAGCGGGAACGCUGGCAGCACUUGGCAGAUCUUGCUGAUUUUGCUCUGGCCAUGAAAGUCACGCUGAUGAACAUCAACUACCAGUCCUUCAAUAACUUCAUGCUCCGCAUCGGGUUGAAUAAAGGGGGUGUUUUGGCUGGUGUGAUCGGGGCCCGUAAACCUCAUUUUGACAUCUGGGGAAACACUGUGAAUGUGGCCAGUCGCAUGGAAUCCACAGGGGUUAUGGGGAACAUCCAGGUGGUGGAGGACUGCUACUGCAUCCUGAAGGACUACGGCUUCCGCUUCGUCAGGAGAGGACCCAUAUUCGUCAAGGGGAAAGGAGAGCUGCUCACCUACUUCCUAAAGGGACGUGAAAAACAAGGCUCCUUCAUUAACGGCUCAUUUGUGACCCUGCCGCACCAAGUGGUGGACAGCUCUUGACCGACACGCGCACACACACUGUCCUACACAAAACUCUUGCUCGCGCACACCUCACCUCGUUCCUCUUCUGCCGAGUACAGUGCUCCAGUAAUUAGUACUUUCAAAUGUGUUUUCUCUAUUUAUUAGGCUGAGGGAAGAAAUGUUGAGAGAGACUUUCUGUUUAUAUGAGAGAAGUACUAUAUAAUAUACAUUUGGAAGUGUGCACAGAGAUGAAUGAAUGAAAUCAAACAAGCUGAAUGGUUUUAUUAAGUUGCUAAAGAGAUGAACGGGUUGAUUUUAAACUCAAACCGCACCGGAUACAAUGAACUCUACUGUAUAUUACACACUGCGCUGCUCAAAGGAAACGAUGAAUUACCUAGUUUUGUUCUUCUUUUAUUUGAAAUCAUCUCAUUAUUUAAUCCUUAUUUAAAGAUUACCCUGAAAUGUUGUUUACCAUUGAGAAGCUUCUCCAAAUUCCUUUGUUGGAAAGCAUACUGACUGCCUUUGCCUCUUAUGAAAGUGUGUGUGUGUGUGUGUGUGUGUGUGUGUGUGUGUAUGUUUAUGCAUUUCUAAAGUCUAUAGUCACCUUUUCUUUAUUUCUUUAUUUUUUACUUCCAACCAUUAAUAAUGGACAAACAUGAGGUAUUUAAAGUCUGAGACCACAUUAAAUCAUGGGUUUUAACCCUGGAAAUAACCGUACAGUUCUAGGAUUUUAAAAUGUAUAAAAUACAUUGGAAAACAAUAAUAUUAACAGUUGAGGUCAAAAGUUGCAGAAUUUGCAAAAUAUUCAUUAUUUUACCAAAAUAAGAGCAAUCGUACAACAUGCAUGUUGUUGUUUAUUUAAUACUGACCUGAAAAAGAUAUUUCACAUAAAAGAUGUUUACAUAUAGUCCACAAAGAGAAAAUAAUAGUUGAAUUAAUAAAAAUGGUCCUGUUCAAAAGUUAAGUUGAUUCUUAACACUGUGUUGUUAGAUCGAAUGAUCCACAACUGUUUCUGUGUUUAGUGAUAACUGUUCACGAGUCCCUUGUUUGUCCUCAACAGUUAAACUGUCUGCAGUUCUUCAGAAAAAAACUUUAAAAAUCCACAAAUUCUUUGGUUUUCCAGCAUUUUUGUGUAUUUGAAUCCUUUCCAACUCAUAUGGACUCAUAUGUAACUUACUACAGAAGAUUCAAAUGGGGGGUUGAAAACUUUUGAACAAAAUGGAGAUGUGUACAUUUUUUUUUUUUUUUUUCAUUUAGUACUGCCCUUCAGAGGCUACAGACGAUAGUAACAUGUUUCCCAGAAGACAAAAUAAAUUUACCCUGAUCUUCAAAUUCAAAAAGUUUCCACCCCCGACUCGUAAUGCAUGGGUUUUCCUUCUGGAGCACCAGUGAGCCUUCUGUAAUAGUUACAUAUAAGUCCCUCAGGUGUCCUCAGUGUGAAAAGAUGGAUCUCAAAAUCAUACAGUCAUUGUUGGAAAGGGUUCAAAUACACAAAAAUGCUGGAAAAACUAAAUUUGUGGAUUUUGAAGGAUUUUUCUGAAGAACAGCAGGCAACAUUAUUUUCUCUUGUGGACUACUUAAACAUCUUUUAUGUGAAAUAUCUUAUUCAGGUCAGUACUAAAUAAACAAUAACUUGCAUUUUGUAUGAUCCCUCUUAUCUUGGUAAAAUACUUAACAUUUAGCAAAAUGUUAAAGGGGGAUGUAAAUUUUUGACCCCAUUAAGUUUUACUACAUUUAUUAUGCUAUCAAUGUAAUUAGUAAUAAUAAAAAAAAAUACUGUACUAAAAUCUAAAAAGAAAACCCGAAGCACUUUCACUGGUGGUCUCAGGCUUUUGGACCUCUUUAUACAUCCUAGUGUUUCUCGCGUGCCAAAUACAUGCCACUGUGUGCGUCAGUUUGUGGUACUCUGAGGAUGCAAGUAUAGCAGAGGUGUAUGAGUAUCACUGUGAACGGGUUCAUUGUGCGUCUCAUUCAUGGGCAGUAUUGCAGGGAUGAACGUUUCUUAGUUCAGAAUAUAUUCCCUACGGUGUCUUUCCUCAAGGAUUAGAUGAAUGUGCAAUAGUUUAUUCUUUUACGGCAUUCUGCUCUCCGGUACAGUUUUCAAAAGAGCCCUCUUCUCCCAGCAAGUCAUAUUUUUAUAUUAUGAUGUAGAGUUGUAGUUAAAGAGUAUUGUACAAAGAGACAGGACGCUAGAGGCUGGAUCGGUGUGUCUUAUAAACAGUUCAUUUAUUAACAAUGUCAUGAACCUUCUCUGUCAGUAAGCAGAAAUGCGUUUGAUUUUGACUUUCAGAUGUUGGAAUGGUUUAUGAGGGCAUGACAUUGUGGCCAAUCGCUGUGGUUUGAUGCAGGAUUUUGCUAAAAUUUGAUAUUUUUGAAUUAUCCUUAGAUAUGGAAUAAAAUGGCACUUUGAAUGAUCUGUUACCAAA